AUUCUCGCCAUUCCCUGUGACCCACGAAUAUUCGGACACAAAUUCGAAAUGGCUGCAGCAUUCGGCCUGUCCGCCAAAACGGCGAAAGACAUUAUCGCAGAACUGAAUCUGAAGCCUCACCCAGAGAAGGGGUUUUACAUAGAAACGUUUCGCGACCCAGCUACGGACUCUGCGGGACGCGCGCACAGCACUCAAAUCUACUACUUGCUCGAAGGCGAGUCUGGCCUGUCGCACUGGCACCGCGUCACCGACGCCGUGGAGGUCUGGCACUACUAUGCCGGGGCUCCGCUACAGCUGUCGUUGUCCUGGGACGACGGAAAGCCGGUACGGAAUCUUGUGUUAGGGACAGAUCUGUCGGCGGGCCAACGCCCUCAGAUUGUGGUCGAGCGAGACGAGUGGCAGCAUGCUCUAAGCUUGGGCGAAUGGACGCUUGUUGGGUGCACUGUUGCACCGGCCUUCACCAUGGACAGCUUUGUUAUGGCUGAAGAAGGCUGGGAACCUAGAGCUGCCUAACAAUCGAGAUGUGCGGCAUUGGGUAUGGGUGGUCGAGAGUCAACUUGAUGAGGUUUGCAGUGUGGAGCGUGGCCGUGCGAUCGCGCAUGUGCCCAUUGAAGUUACGUGUGGGCUGGACGACGGCUGCAUGAACAGGCACAAGAAAAGGCAUCCUCGAAGCGACUGCUGUAAGCCAAAUACUAUCAUUUAUCGAAGGUU